AUCACCACAUUUCUCUCUCAGUCAUUUAACAUAUUGGUGGAUGCGGUAGACUAUCUCUGGGAGAUUGUGAAGGAUCUUGUGUGGACCCUGCCUAGUGCAGCUGAGGAACAAGCUGAGGAGGAGGCUUCUUUCAUGAUACAUGGACAUCCACUAGGUCUCACGCGUGUCCUUUAUCCUCUGGUCAAGACAUGUAUCAAUCCCAAGUGCACUGCCUGGCAGCUUGGAUCCCUCCUCAAAAAAGAAGAGCAACAAUGUGUUGUUGUUUUCACACAUGCAAGUGGCACCCACUCUGCAUGGUCCAUUCACCUGAAAUGUCAAGCAUGCAGCACCAACUAUCAUCAUAAUUACAGUGUCAGGGACAAGACUUGCACAUACUAUGGUGGAAUACCAUCACAUAUACAGGUUGCAGAGCAUUAG